UCUACCUGAUUCUUCAAGUAAAUUUCAAAAGUUGAGACCUCCAUGAGCUGUCUAUAACAACGAUUCCAACUUAAUCUAGCUGCUUCUACAGUGCUGAAUUGUGGGUUUUUUUUGUUAGCUGUUUUUAUAGAGAGUAGUGUUCGUUUCUAACUGAUGAAGCGAUAAAAGCAUCAAUCUUUUUGUGUGUCUGCGAUUACUAACACUGUACAAUGGAAGUUGGAACCUUUGACCUUGUUUUCUUUAAAAUUGCCAAUUGAGUCGUAACUCGUAACCAAAGUGGCACAGUGAGAUUGUUCUUGGUUUAAACCUGAGUGUGGAUGGUUUCUCUUUCCAUAUGAGUUUAUGUAUCUCCAGAUCCCUUUCUAAGCGAAUGAUAUUUAUAGUAGUUGAGUUUUGGUUUCUUUAUGUUUAGCAGCGGUUUCACUAUGGAUGCGGUGGGUGAAGGUUCUUCUACUCAAAAGAAUGAGGUAGGAGAGAAGCCUGUGAUUGUUAGAGUUAAGCGAAAAGUUGGACAGUCUUUGCUCGAUGCUUUCUGGUUGGAGAUAAAUGAAAGACCACUCAAACGGCAGACUCUGGCUUUAUCACAGCUUUCUAUUUCAAAUUCAGGAGAGAGAGGUUCUUCUGUGUCAGAGGACGUGAAACCGAAGAAGGUUCUAGUGCGGCAUUUGGAGACAGUCACGGACUCUGAGACCACGGCUGACAUUGUCCAUUCUUUCUUUGAGUCUGAUCUUAAUGACAAAAGUGGCAGUAAAGGAAAGUUUGAGGAGCGGAAAAUUUCUUUCAAGAAAGACAAUAGAAAGGAACAGCGCCUGACCAAAGCUGUACAACAGCAACAGAUUGCUGCAGAGAAUGCUCGGUUUGAGCAGAUAUGGCGGAGUAGGAAUGGAAACACGGAAGGCAUCCAUGAUAGGUGUCAUUUCUAUGACGUUCUUCGUGUUGAUACUGAAGAAAGACGAGACACUGCACAAGAGGUUACUUCCUUGGAGGACCAGAAAAUGCUCGCUAGUUUCUUGCCUCUUCUCAGAGAGUGUAUUCCAACAGCAGCUGAAGAGAUUGAGGCUGAUAUUCAUUCUAGUCGCACUGAAGAAUAUGUUUAUGACUAUUAUGCUGUGAACGAAGAGAUGGAUGUCAGCAAAGAUAGUUGCAAGAGCCAGUUUCCUCUUGUCAUAGUCGAGGAUGAAGAUGACUUCUGCGAUAAACCUGAUGAAUCAGACUACGACUCUGAUGAUUCAAAUGGUACACUUUUCAACCACCCAUAUAGCUUCCCAGAUGAGAUCUCUGAAGACGAGGAGGAAGAAAAAAAAGAAGAAGAAGAUGAUGAUGAUGAAACAGAUGAAGAAAAGAGUGAAGCCUCUGAUGAAUCAGAAGACGAGGAGACUGCAGAAAGACAUGUGAGAAGGGUCCUUGGAGACGACGAGUUUGAUGAUUAUGAAGAUUAUGGAGAGGAUGCAGAUGGUUAUGGGGACAGCGAUGAGGAGUUCGAGUCUAGUUAAUGGUCUUACCGAUGAGUUUUGUGUACAUAAUGAAGAUUAUGCUUGUGUUACAUUCUGAUUAAGAGACAGUGAAGACCAUUAGUGUAAGGCUGUGGAACAAAAUUGUGCCUCCACUUUUAAACAAACGUAACCAAAAGUUGACACCUCCA